CGUCACUCAGGUUCUUGAUGCCUGUAAUCUUCAUGUUGGAACGAACUCCCAAUGUCACUGGCACAGCGUGCUUCUUAAACCUAAUUAUUUCUAUUUCAAAUGUGGCAGGGAGAGGAACCGAGGGAAUAUUUUUAGCCUACACCGGAGGCGUGGAGGAGGAUUAUGUGGCAGCUGCAUUGCCUUUGCCAUAUUUUCAUAUGACGAAGGAAAGAGUAAGCGUCUAGCCCUAGAAGGCAGUGGCCAGACCAGUGAGGUAUUAUCUAGCACUUCGAGUUCGCUAUACCGAAUAAUAGAAUGAUGUAGUAGUUGAUGGCUUCGGCUUGUUUGUGAUAAUUAAUCGAGUACUACUGCCUGGCACUCCUUUCUUCAUCUGUCGUUCAAAUUCGAGACAAGAUGAGGAUGGGCACAAGGCGAGCACAUCGUCUCGUUUCUCUCUCUUCCCUUCCAGGUUCUCUACCUUCGAGGUAAGCGGAGUUUGCUUCCGUUUCUUUUGUUCUUGUUUUCGCAAGGCCAUGGACUCGAUUUUUGUGAUCGUUCGGACCCAAUUAUACCACUAUCGACGUCAACCAGCCGCCUUGCCCUGGUGAGUGGAUCAAUUGCACCCCGAAAAAAGCUCGACGACGUGUAUCAAUAAAUAUCAAUACUUAUCUUCUUUAUUCCCGUCUUCCUUAAAUGGGUAACGGGAGGCCGAGGCAGAACGCUGCCAAAUAACAACAUGACGCCACUGCGUGGCGCGAGAAAGCUGGGCGCGUACUUUUCUACUCCUUCUGUUGUAUAUGGCGCCGCCAUUGUUCUGAUAGAGCGACAGGCGGGCCGGGAUAAAGAUGGGAAACUUUGCCCAAGUUGAAUCGCUGCGACGAGGACGCGAGGCCGCGCGCUUUUGCGCGACAUUCUUUGGCUGAAGAGCGCUUCGCCAUGAAGUCACGCGACUGCCUUGGCGAGUCCCGCCGAUUCUACCGCAGAAGCAGUGGCGCUGCAAAUCUAAGCCGGCUUUUUGGGUGCGACGUAGUUCGCCGUCUUGGCCCGGAUGCCGCGCCCUUUUGGUCCCUGUUGGCCGCGACUGCUUUGGGCGGGGUCGCCUCUGCCUCGCGCUUCCCUGUGUUACGGCGUGACAUACCGCGGCCAGACUAACACUCGCGGACUAACUGGGCCCCGCCUACGACUCUCGGGGUGCAUGAUGUUGGAGCACCGCCAGGCCUCCCAUAAUAACUAACUAACUGCCUUUUUUAUUUGAUGAUUAUAAUAUAUAGAAGAAGUAGUAGCUAGACAUCAUCAGUUUUUUUUUGAAAAUUCUAAAACAGUCUCAAACUUCUCUGUUUUACAGCAACAAUCUCAUAUAUCGCUAACCAGGUAUCAUCAAUCUUCAUAGAGAAACGACAACAAGGGUAAACGUAAAACUUCAAUUAUGCUGCAACACGCUUCUGUUUUUAAAUUGAUACCGAAAUUCAUCUUCAGAUCUGUGAGGUGGAAGAGGAUACUUGUUACGUUUUUUACCUUGUCUACGAGACGGGGAAGAUUGGCCUGCAGUGGAAUUAUGUCUUAGCUUUGCGCCCUUCGGAGCUGCAGCUGGGGGUCGAUGUUAUUUGGAGUCAUCAUCAUCAAAUGAAAAGGAAAGCGCUAAUGCUUCGAUGUCAACUUCAUCUCAAUUUGAAUUGUUCACAUUUAUGAUACUGCUUCAGUGAAUGUGAAAAUGACACUUGUUGAUGAAAGCUACAACGAACUACAAGCAAUCACAACUAGUACAACUACAUCACAAUUAUUUUCUAUCUUUGAGUUCGAAAUUGCGUAUUUCUUUUCUCCAAUAUAUAAUUUAAGAACUGCCGUCGCAUAAACGAUUAUUAUUUCGUGUUGCAACUAUAUCAAGUAUCCGUUCGUGGAAAGACCCGACAAGCAUAAAAUGCAAUCUGUUUCGAUCAUCAUGAACUUACAAGUCGAAUUCUUCUCUUGUCUACUUCGCAUGCUCUCAAAUGUACCCCCUAUCUUCCUCUCAAUAUAUUUCUAGUAUGAUCGUUUUUGAGUAGCUAUGUAUAUGUUGCUGGUGGUGGUGUUGGUGAUGGUGCGGCAGAUUUUCUCUAAAAAUUCACUCAAGUGGUUCAUUGGAAUUUUUGAUUUUCUGAGGAUGAAGAGCAGUCUGAGGAUGAAAAGUACAUUUUUACACGUGAUAAAAAUUCACUCUAGUCCAUUCAACAUCAUUCUCUGAGAAUGAGAUACAAGUGCUUAUGCCACAUCAUCACUUGCCAAAUAGAUACUCGUCGUCACUCUGGUCUCGAGAAAGGCGUUUGGCAAUGUACAGAGCAUAUCCCAAUCGUCCCCGCGAGCCUUUAUGCCAUACAAUCUCUUCCUACUCCGUCACGUAACUCGAUCAAGCUGCGAUAAAAUUGAUAGUAGUCUGGUUCUCCGCAUUGAUAGCUCACUCCCCGUGACCGAACAAACUACAACCCGUAGACUCCCCGUAGAAGGUACUUUCGACGAAAACGCCACGGCAUUUUAAAGCACGUCGCAGCUUUGAAAAUGAU